UCUCUCUCUGCCUGGCAGCGGGCACGGCCAAGGGAGUAUUAUGAGGGAGGCCGAGGACUCCACGCUCCGGGCAGAGAAACGGCUCUGGGAUUAGGGAUUGCCAUUUUCGAGAGGAUGCUGGGAAUCUGCAGGGGGAGACGGAAAUUCCUGGCUGCCUCGUUGACUCUUCUCUGCAUCCCAGCCAUCACCUGGCUUUACCUGUUUGCCGGGAGCUUCGAAGAUGGGAAGCCCGUGUCGCUGUCUCCGCUGGAGUCCCAGCCGCACAGUCCCCGGUACUCGGCCCCUGGCCAGCGGGAGCGGGAGAGCCUGGAAGUGCGGGUGCGUGAGGUGGAGGAGGAGAACCGAGCCCUCCGCAGGCAGCUCAGCCUGGCCCAGGGCAGGGCCCCAGCCCAUCGCCGUGGCAACCACUCCAAGACCUACUCCAUGGAAGAGGGUACUGGGGACAGCGAGAACCUUCGAGCUGGCAUCGUGGCGGGCAACAGCUCCGAGUGUGGGCAGCAGCCAGUCGUGGAGAAGUGUGAGACGAUCCACGUUGCUAUUGUCUGCGCAGGAUACAACGCCAGCCGGGAUGUCGUCACCUUGGUCAAGUCUGUCCUGUUUCACAGGCGGAACCCUCUGCACUUCCACCUCAUCGCCGACUCCAUCGCCGAGCAGAUUCUGGCCACGCUCUUCCAGACCUGGAUGGUGCCCGCCGUGCGCGUGGACUUCUACAACGCGGAUGAGCUCAAGUCUGAGGUUUCCUGGAUCCCCAACAAACAUUACUCGGGGAUUUACGGCCUGAUGAAGCUGGUCCUGACCAAGACUCUCCCCGCCAACCUGGAGAGGGUCAUCGUCCUUGACACAGACAUCACCUUCGCCACAGACAUCGCAGAGCUGUGGGCCGUGUUCCACAAGUUCAAAGGCCAGCAGGUCCUGGGCUUGGUGGAGAACCAGAGCGACUGGUACCUGGGGAACCUGUGGAAGAAUCACCGCCCUUGGCCCGCCCUUGGAAGGGGCUACAAUACAGGUAGUUAUCCCCAGGACAUUUUCAACGCCGUCAUCAAACAGAACCCCUUCCUCGUGUAUCAGCUCCCCUGCUUCUGGAACGUGCAGCUGUCGGACCACACCCGCUCCGAGCAGUGCUACCGAGACGUGUCUGAUCUGAAGGUCAUCCACUGGAACUCCCCCAAGAAGCUCCGGGUGAAGAACAAGCACGUGGAGUUCUUCCGCAACCUCUACCUGACCUUCCUGGAGUACGACGGCAACCUCCUGAGGCGGGAGCUGUUCGGCUGCCCCAGCGAAGCCGAUGUCAACAGUGAGAACCUCCAGAAGCAGCUCUCGGAGCUGGAUGAGGACGACCUGUGUUACGAGUUCCGGCGAGAGCGCUUCACCGUCCACCGGACCCACCUGUACUUCCUGCACUACGAGUAUGAGCCCGCCGCGGACAACACGGACGUCACCCUGGUCGCGCAGCUCUCCAUGGACAGGCUCCAGAUGCUGGAGGCCAUCUGCAAGCACUGGGAGGGGCCCAUCAGCCUGGCCCUCUACCUGUCGGACGCCGAGGCCCAGCAGUUCCUCCGCUACGCGCAGGGCUCCGAGGUGCUCAUGAGCCGCCACAACGUGGCCUACCACAUCGUGUACAAGGAGGGCCAGUUCUACCCCGUGAACCUGCUGCGCAACGUGGCCAUGAAGCACGUGGGCACUCCCUACAUGUUCCUGUCCGACAUCGACUUCCUGCCCAUGUACGGGCUCUAUGAGUACCUCAGGAAGUCUGUCAUCCAGCUGGACCUGGCCAAUUCCAAGAAGGCGAUGAUUGUCCCCGCGUUCGAGACGCUGCGCUACCGGCUCUCCUUCCCCAAGUCCAAGGCGGAGCUGCUGUCGAUGCUGGACAUGGGGACUCUCUUCACCUUCAGGUACCACGUCUGGACAAAAGGCCACGCGCCCACGAACUUCGCCAAGUGGCGGACCGCCACCACGCCUUACCGGGUCGAGUGGGAGGCCGAUUUCGAGCCGUACGUGGUCGUGAGACGGGACUGCCCCGAGUACGACCGGAGGUUUGUGGGCUUUGGCUGGAACAAGGUGGCUCACAUCAUGGAACUGGACGCACAGGAAUACGAAUUCACCGUGCUUCCCAACGCCUACAUGAUCCACAUGCCUCACGCCCCCAGCUUCGACAUCACCAAGUUCCGGUCCAACAAGCAAUACCGCGUCUGUCUCAAAACCCUGAAGGAAGAGUUCCAGCAGGACAUGUCCCGCCGCUAUGGCUUUGCCGCCCUCAAAUAUCUCACGGCCGAGAACAACAGCUAGCACCACGAAGCCACCGCCAGGGAGAGACAGACAUUCUGCCGGGGGGAGAGCCACUUGCUGUGUGGGGCCCAGCCUUGGAACUCACAAUGAAGCAAUGCUUUUUUUGGUUUGUUUUUAUUUGUCUCUUUGGCCCAACAAGGCUGCCUACACCACAGAGAUCUGGGACAAGGAUCCGUCCAGGCCCACUCUGCCCCACAACCCAGCAUUCCCAGAAGGUGGGAAAACGAGCUCGUCCCCAGGGUCUCUUCCAGAAUGGGACACGCAGGGCUGAGAGGGAGCCAUGGGGUUAUCCUACCACAAAGCCACACAACCAAGCAGGUCUGUGGAAUGUUCUCGUUACUGUUUAAGAAAAAGGAAGUGAGGGUGCUGGGCGUCAGCCAUCCCAGGAAAUAAAGGCAAAAGGGUCUUUUCAUGCGUCAAACUUUCGUCUUUGCCCUGCCAUCUAGCUGAGUAGCCAAGAUGAGGGCAAGCCAAUGAUUGGAACCAACCAUCUAAAAACAAAGAAAUAAAUACCCCGAUGGGGACACUGUGCGUGGCGGGACCUGGAGGCGGGGGUGUUUGGUUCUUUGUCCUCAACGUCACUCUUGUUUUGAUUUGUUUUUGUUGGGGGUGGGGGAGUGAGGCGGAUUUUGUUGGUUUGUUUUGGUAUGGGGAUCCAGGAUAGGAAAUGACCUUUUAAGGCUCUGACGGAAAAAUCAGCUGCCUCAACCCACACCCUCUAUCCACAGUGGCCCAGCAGGGAGGAGGCGAAUUCAGCCAGGGGUUGAACAUGGGCAGCCUUCUCCAGGGUCAUCAACCGAGGCCCCCGUGACCUUGACCUCCCCAGAAUCCCGGGGCUAAGGUGGACAUAGGAAAACCAACUGUUUUACAAGCGGUCACAUUUUCUAUGGGCAACGACUGAUUCCUGGGGGAAGGGCUUCGAAGGGACUGGUUCGGUGCACGUGAAAGGUGCGAGCCUCUCAGGCCUGUGGAAGGACUUCCGUAAUCCGUGCGAGCUGGUGCUGAAGAUGCAUGUGCCCAUUCGGGGAUGUUGGAGACGAGCACAUGGGCUCCUCUGUGUUCGUUCCCGCCUCACUGCGGUGGGGACGAGGUCACGACCUCAGGCUCCCGUGGGACCUGCCCAGAGGGUAGGCAGGCACCUUCACUGUUACACAGAUUGAGGAGACACUGGACUUUUUACCCAUUUUCUUGAAUCUUCAAUAUUAAUGUUGUGUUUACAAUGAUGAGAAUGAGAGUCAAUGCCCUCCCCUGCGGGGCGGUUUGUAUUGAGUUGCGAUGUGCCCAGCGAACGCUGCAUUCAAUAAACGGAAGUAUGGACUGUU